AUGAACUUUUUAAAAAUUUUUCAAAGCGAAAAGAAAUGCAACGAUGAAUCUGUUAGUCCACCAAACGGUGAAGUGCCGAAAGAAAAUGGCACGUCCUCCCCCCCGGUGACGAAGGACGUCGAGCUGAAUUACAGCCACGAUGUUAACACGCAGGAGGGAUGCAACAACGUUUCAGCUCCCUUUGAGAAUUGUGAAGAGGCCAAUAUGGGUGGUCAUGUAGACGGUUCGGUUAGACAGGCGAACUUUGAAAACGGCGCAAGUGGUUUAAUGACCCAGGACGCAGACCCGGGGGUGCACCUUACGCAGGGCGCAAGCGGCGUGGGUGAAACGGGACCGACCGCUUCGAGUAGCCACCCGGUAGGUAGCCACUCGGUAGGUAGCCACUCUGCAGGCGUUCACCCGGUAGGCAUCCCCCCUGUUGACAUGCCCCCCCCCCAGUUCGGCGGCCCGGGCAUCUACGAACAAAAGGAAAACUACGACUACGCGAAUGGGAGCCUCAACGCAGGCAUGCCCUACCCCUGCAGCACGUACGACAUGAGUGCCAAUGACACGUAUGCUGGUGGUAGCCAUGGGAGAACACACGGCAGCAGUAGUGCUAACAGCAGUAGCGUUAACGGCAUCACCGCUAACCACAGCACCGCUAACCAAGGGGGGGUUCGAAAUGAAGAUUACCUCAUCCCAGCGGAGAAAAGUAUCACCAGUGUUGCCAAGCGAAAUUUUUGUGUUAAUUCGACGGGGGGAGAGGAAACGUUGCAGCCCCCCACCGACCUUCAUGCGAACAGCGGAAAGGUGAACGACGCAAAGGUGAACCUCGCACCAUUUGAGAGCAAACCGGGUGGGAUUUACAUGGACCCGAAGAGUAACUACGCGGAACAAGUAGAGCGUGGUGAUUCUUACAAUAAGCAUCAUAUCGUGGUGACCCCAUACACAGACAGUGCCUCAGUUGGAACUCUACCUUAUGGGUAUGACCACCAUGUGAGUAGCAACAACGCAGCAGCAAAUGGGGCGGUGAGUACUCCCGGAGGAAUGAAUAAAACUGUCGAUUACGCGUUCCCGUCGGGGUCGUUUCCCCCAAGCCAAGUGGUAGAAAAUAAUUUGUCGAGCAACCUAGUGCACUCUUUCCAACACCAAUUAAAUGACAUAGCUUUUACUCAACAGAAUCACGUGGCUGUAAGGAAAAAGGGAGAGUUCCCUAGUAAGCAGUCUUACAUGAAUUUGCACAGUGGCGUAGGGGGUGCAGACAAAAUGGAGGGAACCAAUGCAGGCAGUAAUUACAACUACGAAGAGGACCGGGUGGCCAAGCGCUCUAGUGGGGUGCAAAGCGGCGUGCACGUAGGCACCACGCAGCAGAGGGAGAGCGCGCGGAAGCUUGUUCAAGGCGGCCACGUGGUGAAUAGCGCGCAGAUGAGCGGCCAGCAGAUGAGCGGUCAGCAGAUGAGCGGUCAGCAGAUGAGCGGCCAGCAGAUGAGCGGUCAGCAGAUGAGCGGCCAGCAGAUGAACGGCCAGCAGAUGAGCAGUCAACAGAUGAACGGCCAGCAGGUCGGAAGCCCCCAAAUGGAAGACCCCCCAAAUGGCGCGCCAAGUGGGCAGCUCCGAAUGGGCAAAGCGGAGCAGAAGCGGAAGCAGCGGGUAGGGGAUCCCAGGCGAGGUGUCGGGGGGGGAGAGGAAGGACACAGCAAGGGUAGCUACGCCGUGGGUAAGAUGGUCCGAUGGAAACAAAACGAAGAGGAGGAUCACCUGAAGGAGAAGAAGGUAGACGCUCCGAUCGAGCGGGAAGACGACAAGGGGAACGAGUACUACUAUGAAAAGACACUAGAUUUUUUGAAAAAAGAAUUUAGCAUCCACCACAGUGAUAAUAGGAACAGCUACCUAAACGACAGAGACAUGCUGGCAAAAACGCCCUUUUUUAAGCUUGUCAAUUUUGAAAAAAAGCUAGCUACUGAGAGGAAGCGAGUUCUGAAUUACUAUCACGAAGAUAGGAAGCAAAUUUACUCUACCACGAUAAAUAAAGACAAACAAUUUUCUCACAUUUUUUUCAACAAUGAAAAAUAUUACGAUGCUAAGGAGAUCUUGGCAUAUUUGCUACCGUACCAUACAUUUUACUUGGAUGAUAUUUGUAUCGAUUCUUCUGACGAUGACGAAGAGUUUUGUGAGAACCUCAAAAAUGACGUCAGGGAAAUCGAUGCGGGUAUCUCCCAGGUAAAGGAUUCCUUUCGUGCCUACACGAAUCCCUCCAUGGUGAGUACACAGAGUGAUGAGGUGGGGAAAACCGCCCACUGA